GUGCAUUUCGGGACAUGUGGUUUUCACGACGGGAUUGUGGGAGUCGUGGUUUACGAGCACCAAGCGAAGGAGGCCCCCGCUGCCUUGAGUUAUCAGAACUUCCAGCUCCUUGGACCCGACAUUGCAGCUGCCCCUCACGCUUGUGUGUGCUGGUUACAUCAAUCAGAAGUGAAUUCACAGCUGGCCCACCAUGAACUGGAAGGUUCUUGAACACGUGCCCCUGCUGCUGUAUAUCCUGGCAGCCAAGACCCUGAUCCUGUGCCUGGCCUUUGCGGGAGUAAAAAUGUACCAAAGGAGAAGCCUGGAAGGAAGACUGCAAGCCGAGAAGCAGCAGUCGGAGAAGAAAGAGAAGCUGAAGAGCUGUUAGAGGGCCACAAGCGUGGAUGUGCAUACUGCCACGUAGAACUGACCAGGAGCUAGCCUGUCUCUCAGCUGGCAGCUUGUCCAGAACCUGCGCUAAAGGAAGAAACCUGUGGGAUCCAAAUGCACCAGUUAGUAGGUCAGGCUGAGCGGCCUCCCCUGGAGUCUCAAGGCAAGCAGAGUUAGUGCUGAGCAUGAAAGCACCAUGCUGUUCUAUCCAGCGCCAGCCUCACUGCUGUGGUCUCACUUC